AUGGGCUCUGAUCCCUGUUGCUGUAGAUGCGGCAGGGGCACAAGGGCUGGCUCUACGGCUUUAUGGAACAAGGGGUGGUGGUUCUGGAUCAAGGAUGCAACAGAGGAAUGGAGUAAUGUCCUGAAGCUUUGGCAGCCCAUGAGUACCUGGCUUCGACAACAAUUCACUGCGAGCAGCUCAGAACCGACGAAGAUCUACUGUGAAAAUUGCUGGAAGGCGUGGGGUCGUUACGUGAAGCCUGGCUGCGAGUAUGAGUUGAGCAGCUCAUGCGAAGAGUUGGCAAACAGACUGGGCGUGGAAAUCAACGAUGAUGCCAGCCAUAGGCAGAAGAGCAACCCGUUCAAGUGCACAUUGUGUGACAGGGUUUUUAACCGAGGAACAUUGGACACACACUUGCUGAAGGAGCAUGGGGCUAGCCAACAAAAACGCAAGCUGGCAGACCCUCCAAUUAUUAGCCUGCUAGACGACGCUCUCGCCCACCUUCCUUCCCGCCCCGCCUUUUUUCGCUUGCCGACUAAGACCCACGCCCGUCCGCCACUGGUCGUUCAUGUGUCUGGUUGCGCGCAGAGUGCCACAGUCAGUCGAAUCCUGAAGGGAACGUACACCCAAAGUAAGUGGAACCACGGCAGCCCGGUCUUCAAAAAGGUUAGCCACGAUACUUCCGAAGUCACGGUACUCAUCUUCUACUGGGACGGGAGGGACGACCCCAGCUUCCAAGGCUGGUGGUUCUCUCCCGAAGUCGGGUCCGACCAGGUUUGGGCGCACUGUCAGACAGCAGCUGGGAGCAGCUCGCCUCCUGUCUCCGGCUGGAAAGUGCCAUGGGAUGGGCACGUCGACAGCGAGCUGAAAGUCUCCUUAGACCCACAGCCAGAGAAGUCUACCGACGGUGUUUGGGAGUUCUUGUCCAGCGAGGUUGGCAGCAGAGAGGACUGGCAGCCAAUGAGCUACGAGAUGCAGAGGGAGCUUGAGGAUCGCUGGGCCAGAGGAUGGAAAGGAGAUAAUGGUUCGGACACCUUUCAUGUCAAGGCAAAUGGCUACACCUAUCGCAUCGAUUGCUCCUGCAUGGUUCAGUGGAAUGUGAAGACUAACCGCAGACGGCCCAUCAGGAGACAACAGAGGUGCAACGCGGCAGCUUCGCCACGGGCUGAGGGCUUGAACAAGGAGAUCAGACGGCAUGUGGAUGAGAAUGCAAUGUUGACAAGCAAGGUGGCAGAUUUGGAAGCAGAGCUUCUGAUGCUCAAGGCCAGCAAGACGCGAGCAGAGCAUACUGUUCUCAUGACUUUGCAGGAGCCGUGGCGCAUGAGUCGCCAGUUGGACAUGUCGGUGAGGGUUGAGGUCCACUCUGAAGACGGGCUUUUCUCUGCUUUGCAAAAAUCCCUGGUUUCUGCCUGCCCUGCUGGUCAUCAUGGCGAGUGCAAUGCUGGCCGUAGCCUCACCAUCACGAGGCUUGAGCAAAUCCAGAAUAUUCGACUUUGGAAGAGCUACGAGUUCCGUAAAGAGCAGGUAAAGAAGGAGCUCGAAGGCCAAACCAGUGCACAGGUCUCCAGCAGUUUCUCCUGCUGUCAGUGGGCCAAGCUGGACCCCACUGUGAAUGAGGUCCUAGUGCUGCACGGUACCGUGCCAGACAACGUCGACCUCAUCGCCAACUUCGGUUUCGACGAGCGUCUGGCACGAGAAAGAGGGCUCUACGGCCAAGGAGUCUACUUCACAGACCAGACAUGCAAGGCCUUUCAGUACUCUGGCGCCAGCAAGCAAGGAAAUGGCUGCUUCAUCAUUACACGCCUGAUACUUGGCGAACCGCACUAUGCAAAAGGCCCCCUGUCGCAACUUAAGGUGGAGCCGCUGCGGGAUGCAAAGGACCCAUCGAAAGGUCGCUGUCAUUCCGUGAUCGCCUCCCCAGGCACGCCGUCCGGCAACGGUGCAAAGCAAGUCCACCGGGAGCUCGUGAUCUUUGAUGGCGCCCAGGCGUAUCCCGAGAUGAUCGUUCAUAUCCGGAAAUGA